AUGGAAGACGCAUCUGUAACCCUGAAUGGCCAUGGCGAAGGUAAUUUUAAACAGCCAGACACCGCCCAAAAACAGCACGUCUUUACAACAAAAGUGUUUGUUCAAAUGGGUCAAAAGGAUGUAGAAAACGACGAGCCUUUUCUUAAGGACGCGAUAUCUAUUGUGCAAAAAGAUGUAGUCAAUGGAAAGGUAAUAGGUGAAGAAAGUGUCAACAAGUCUUGGAAAUUAAUCUCAGAAGACGAAGUUGUGGUUGUAAGCAAGACAUCCACUGCUUUUCAUUCCGAAUUGUUACUGGAACAAGAAGGUCCAGGAGGAGAAACUAAAGAAACGGAUGGUUCUACGGUAGAGUCGUUGCUUCUCAACAUUGAAACCGUAAUAGACGACGGAUUGAUUUAUGGUACUCACGAACCAGCAAAUGACAAGAGAGAAGUGCUUGACGAAGAUGCUCCGGUGGUCAUAGAAAAGAGUCCUGUCUCACCGAACAUGGAAAUUGCAAUCGAGGGCGAAGAUCCGAGCGAUGAAGACUGGAAGAAUGCUCGCAAGAAUGAUGAGAUUGGUGAAGAGGUCACAGAAGAUGAAGUGGCAGUGGUUGAAAAGACACCAGUAGCAAGCUCACUUGAAUCUGACGUUUUAAUUGAAAAUCCUGAUGACGGAGGAAAAGAUGACACUACUACAGUGGAUUCGCUGCUAGCAAACAUUGUAUCUGUUAUAGAUCAGUCACCGCUGGAACGAGCUCAAGAACCAGCGAAUAAAAACAUAGCUGAAGUUAUUGAAGAACUGGCUCCUGUUGUGGAGAAGAAGUCUUUCUCACUUGAUGUAGAACAUUUGAUGAAGGAAACAGAUGAAGGCUCGGAGGAUGGUGAACACGUGACUAAGCAAAGGCAGUCAUUUGUGGAAGAUGAAGUUGUGAUGGUUAAGAAGACAGUGGUGGUCUGUAAAGUUGAGUCUGAAAUUUUAGUGGAAAAUCCAGACGAUGAAGGGAAGCAUGCUGACAAUGCCACAGUCCAGUCCUUACUUAACAACAUUGAAUCUGUCAUUGACGACGAACUACCAGAGCGUCCUCAGGAAUUAGAAGAUGCAAAGAAAUCCGACGCUCUUGAGGAAGAUUACCCUGUAGUGGUAAAAAAGAAACCGAUUUCAGUUAAUGUGGAACAGGCAAUUGAUUUUGACGUUAAGGAGGACGAACAAGACAUUGAUCCAGUUGUGGAAACUGAGGUUGUUGUGGUAGAGAAGGAGACACGAGCAAUUCUUGAGUCAGAGAUUUUAGUUGAUAAUGAAGAAGCUAAAAAGGGCGAUUCUGCCACGGUAGAGGACUUACUAGUGACUGUCGAAAAAGUUAUAGAUGCUAAGCCUUCUAAGCGAACCCAUGAAUCGUUACAGGAAAAGGGUAAACCCCUUGCGGAAGAUUCACCAAUAGUGAUAGAUAAGAGACCGGCUCCAUUCGACAUGGAUCAGAUGAUGGAACAAGAUGAGGAGACAAAAGAACAAGAGAAAAAAGACCCGGUUUGUGAAACUGCACCUAUCGUUGUUGAGAAGACAGCAGUUAUAGUUGAAUCAGAGAUGUUGGUUGACAAUGAAGAAAUCGAAGAAGACGAUUCUACUCCUGUGGAGACCCUGCUAGUAAACAUUGAAUCUGUUGUAGAUCACACUCUUUUGGAGACUGCUAAAGAACCAUCUGAAGAUGUUGUUGAAGCCCUUGAAGAAGAUUCGCCUGUGGUAAUAGAGAAGAGACCUGCAUUAUUCUACAUUGAGCAUCCGCUUGAUGAAGACCACGAGAAGAAAGAUGUGGAUGAGGGAGAACCUGUCGCUGAAGCUGAGCUUGUUGUUGUUGAGAAAACACCAGUAGCACUUGAGUCAGUGAUGUUGGUCGACAAUGAGCAAAGUGAAGAAGACGAUUCUACUCCUGUGGAGAUCCUGCUUGUAAACAUUGAAUCUGUAGUGGAUCACACUCUUUUGAAAGCUGCUAAAGAACCAUCUGAAGAUGUUGUUGAAGCCCUUGAAGAAGAUUCGCCUGUCGUAAUAGAGAAAAGACCUGCAUCAUUCUGCAUUGAGCAUCCACUAGACGAAAAUCACGAGAAGAAAGAUGAAGAUGAACGAGAACCUGUCUCUGAAAUUGAAGUUGUCGUCCUUGAGAAAACACCAGUGGCACUUCAGUCAGAUUUGUUGGUCGACAAUGAGGAAAAUAAGGAAGAAGAUUCUACUCCUGUGGAGACCCUGCUAGUCAACAUUGAAUCUGUAGUGGAUCACACUCUUUUGAAAGAUGCUAAAGAACCAUCUAAAGAUGUGGUUGAAGCCCUUGAAGAAGAUUCGCCUGUGGUAAUAGAGAAAAAACCUGCAUCAUUCUACAUUGAACAUCCGCUUGACGAAAAUCACGUGAAGAAAGAUGAAGAUGAACGAGAACCUGUCUCUGAAAUUGAAGUUGUCGUCGUUGAGAAAACACCGGUGGCACUUGAGUCAGUGAUGUUGGUCGACAAUGAGCAAAGUGAAGAAGACGAGUCUACUACUGUGGAGACCCUGCUUGUAAACAUAGAAUCUGUAGUGGAUUACACUCUUUUGAAAGACACUAAAGAACCAUCUGAAGAUGUGGCUGAAGCCCUUGAAGAAGAUUCGCCUGUGGUAAUAGAGAAGAGACCUGCAUCUUUCUACAUGGAGCAUCCGCUUGAUGAAGUUCUCGAGAAGAAAGAUGUGGAUGAGAGAGAACCUGUCUCUGAAGCUGAGCUUGUUGUUGUUGAGAAAACACCAGUAGCACUUGAGUCAGUGAUGUUGGUCGACAAUAAUGAGCUAAGUGAAGAAGACGAGUCUACUCCUGUGGAGACCCUGCUAGUAAACAUUGAGUCUGUAGUGGAUCACACUCUUUGGAAAGCCGCUAAAGAACCAUCUGAAGAUGUUGUUGAAGCCCUUGAAGAAGAUUCGCCUGUGGUAAUAGAGAAAAAACCUGCAUCAUUGCACAUUGAGCAUCCACUUGACGAAGAUCUCGAGAAGAAAGAUGAAGAUGAACGAGAACCUGUCUCUGGAUUUGAGGUUGUCGUCGUUGAGAAACCACCAGUGGCACUUGAGUCAGAGAUGUUGGUCGAAAAUGAAGAAACCAAAGAAGACGAUUCCCCCUCUGUAGAGACACUGCUUGUAACCAUUGAAUCUCUUGUAGAUCACACUCUUUUGGAAGCUGUUAAAAUACCAUCUGAAGUUGUUGUUGAGGCCAUUGAAGAAGAUUCGCCUGUGGUAAUAGAGAAAAAACCUGCAUCAUUGCACAUCGAGCAUCCGCUUGACGAAGAUCUCGAGAAGAAAGAUGUAGAUGAAAGAGAACCUGUCGCUGAAGCUGAGCUUGUCGUUGUUGAAAAAACACCAGUUGCACUCGAGUCAGAUAUGCUGGUCGACAAUGAAGAAACCAAAGAAAAAGAUUCUGCGUCGGUUGAAACUUUGCUUGAGAACAUUAAAUCUGUAAUAGAUAAUACAACUCCAGAUCAAACUGAGGAACCUGCAAGUGCCAUCAAACCCGAUGUUCUUGAAGAGGAUGCACCCAUAGUGAUAGAGAAAAGGCCUAUUUUACUUCACAUGGAAGAGAUGCCUGACGAAAUAAAUGGUGAAGGUGACCCGAAGGCUCCAGUCACAGAAGGUGAGCUUGUUGUGGUGAAUAAGACGCCAGCGAUAGUGGAGUUAGGAAUUUUAGUUGAAAAGGAAGGUACCGAAGGAGUGGAAGAUGAUAACGCUACUGUUGAAUCAUUACUUGUAAAUGUUGAGUCCGUAAUCGAUUACCAGUUACCAAAAGAAGGUCGUGAACGUGCAGAUGAGAUGAAAACCGAGGCGCUGCAAGAAGAUGAACCAGUUGUGAUCGAAAGAAGUCCCGUUUCACUUCACGUAAAUCAACUGCUUGAUCAAGACGAUAACCAAAAAGAACACGAUAACAGCGAGACUGUAGAAGGUGAACACGAACUUCCCAAAUCGAGGGAACUGGUCUCGGAAGCUAAAUUGGUGGUAAUAAAUAAAACACCAGCAUCGCUUGAAAGUGAGAUAUUAAUUGAACUGGAAAGUCCGGAAAAAGACCACGCUACAGUGGAAUCCCUACUCGUGAACAUUGAAUCUGUAAUCGACGACACAUCCCCAGAACAACCAAAAGUAGAAGAUGAUACGCAGCCAUCAGAGUCAAAAGAGCCAAUUGAGGAAACUGUACCUCGUGCAGUCGAAAAAAGAAAGAGGGAUUCGUCUGAAAUGGAGGAGCUGUUUGUUGCGCAAAAUCCAGAGGAGUCUACAGAGAAAGAAGGUCGCUCACAAGAUGAAUCUUCAAAUCUUGUAGAUGAAGUUGUCAUAAAUGUUGUUGAAAAGAAACGCGUUUGUCACGAGCAGCCCAGCGAGACCCUAGAAAAUCAAUCGUCUGUUUCAGAGGAGUCAACGUCGGUUAUAGUUUUAGACAUCCCUCUUGUAGAGAAAACGGAGGUUGUUAAGGACAGUGUUCAAGAGACUGUUCCUCCCGCCAUGGAAAGAAAGGCCGCUGAGUCCGAAGAGGAACUACUUCAGAGAACUGACGAAGACGAGCCAACAGAGCCGGAAUGCCGUGAAACGGCAAUUUUAGAUGACCUUGAAGGAGAAACGUUGAAGUCAACUUCGUACACAAAACUUUUUGAUAAAGACGAAGGCAGCGACGACGAGCUUUUACGUCAAGUUCUCAGCAGGAAGAGACUGUCGGCACCGGAAAUACUCCCCGAGAAAGAGAAGGAUGGUUCCGCGCCCUUGGCACCAUCAGAGAGUGGAAUACUUGACUCUAAGGAACAUGUUCCCACUGCUCAUCUAUCCCAUACAAGAGAAGCGAUACCUACGAGCGCACUAGCAAAGGCAGAUAGCUCUGAAAAAGUUAAGGAUGCUGAGGAGCAGUCAGCUAAGGGAUUGUUAGAGGCUGACGAUGAAGAUCAAAUUGAUGGAAAGAGAAAUAGAUUGGGAAAGAAAGGUCUUGCUUCUCCUCAGUGUAAGUGCUGUUCACUGAUGUAG